AUGCUAUACAAUAAAGAAAUUAGGAAAGCUAAAAGGAAUUUAUGGAGAGAAUUUUGCGAGGAGAUUACGGAUAUCCCGGCAUGUUCUCGAAUCCAUAAAGUCCUGGCAAAGGACGGUGAUACAACGAAAGAAAUAGGAUUCCUAAAGAAGGCUAAUGACAAAUUUACGGACACCAAAGAGGAAAGUCUUAGAAAACUGAUAAACACGCACUUUCCGGGCUUAACAAUUCUAGAUUAUGCAGAGAAAUUAAAUGAGCUGAAUCUAAAACUGCAAGAAAAGGGAAACCCAGACUAUGUUUUGGUGGAAGAAUUGGUUUGUUUUGAAGAAAAAUUAAUUCUUUUUGCAGACGAUAUUCAGAGCGAAAAAUUACUUCAUUUUCAAUUUCUAAAGCAAUAUCGCGAUAAAACCAGUGCAACUGUUGACACGAAUUACUUCAGCGCAGUUACAAAAAAAAUUAAAGAUGAAUUUGCUGGCAGAUUUGAACAAUUCAAAACCAACAAAACUACUUUAGCAUUCAUAGUAAAUCCUCUCAACACAAAUAGUCAUGAAAUUCCCGUUGAAGCAUUUGGGAUUCAUACUGAAUCUUUAAAAAUGCAAUUGAUCGAUUUAAAAAGUAAAGCUUUGUGGAGUGGAAAAUUUACAGAGUUGAAAAGCAAGUUGAAAGAAUUGGAAGUCCAGAAAUGUAUGUAA